UGUUGAGUAUCAGCCUUGUGUUUGCAGUUGAUCCCCCGCUUGAAACCUACAAUGUAGACCGUUCCAGUCUCUCUGUGUCCGGGGUGUCGUCUGGAGCCAUCAUGGCGUCACAACUUCACGUCAUCUACUCCAGUAGGAUAAUGGGAGUUGGCAUAGUAGCGGGAGUGCCUUUUGCGUGUUCGGGUGGUACUCUGGCUGGAUUGGCAACCUGUAUGAAGACGCCGUCCCUAGAAUCCGUGUACACAUUUGAAGCUCUGGUCUCAUCCGGGGCACUGUUUGGUAAUGUGGACGCCACGUACCAUAUGCGCCAUGACAAAGUAUUCAUCUUUAACGGAAUAGAGGACUCAGUUGUACAUCCAGGCAACGGUCCAAACAUCGCACGUUUUUACGAGCAUUUCAUCCAUGACAGCCACAAUAUCAAGAAGGUCUUUAAUAUGCACACUGAACAUUGCAUGCCAACGGAUAAAAUAGGUGGACCCUGCACAGUUCUGUCAAAAACCAACUUCCUGAACAACUGUGGAUAUAACGGAGCGUUCGAAAUCCUAAACUUUAUCUAUGGGGGCCACUUAAGAAGGCCAUCGCAAAAUACGACUGCGGCUGGAGAGCUGAGGAAGUUUGACCAGGCUGCAUUUUUUGCUGCGCCUCCAAUAACAUACAGCUUAGAUAACACGGGAUAUAUUUAUAUACCAUCAAGAUGUCUGGACAAGUCCCACAGUCAGUUGUCGUAUAUUACUCUACAUAAUUACUCUACAUAA